AUGGCAGUCGAAGAUCAAGAAAAAACAACUUUCAUUUUCGAGCGUGGCUUGUAUUGUUACACGGUGAUGCCAUUUGGUUUGAAGAAUGCAGGCUCAACGCAUCAAAGGUUGGUGAAUCAGAUGUUCAAGGACCAAGUUGGGAAGACAAUGGAAGUUUAUAUCGAUGACAUGGCUGUUAAAAGUGCGAUGAAAUCCUAG